UAAAACACACAUAAAAUCCUAAUCUCCACUGCCACUUACCACCGCCACAUCGCUUCCCCUUUCUUCUAACAUACCAACACACAGCAACAGAAAUUAGAAGUAAGAAAGAAAAGGGAGAGAUCGAUCCUAGAGUGAGGCUGCGAUGGGGAAGAGAGAAGAGAGGAGGGGGAACUGCUGCCGCACCGCCACCGCGUCUUGAUGCCGUCGUCGUCUUCUCGGUGGAGCCGUGCGCGAGAGAGGAAGGUCGAAAGAGAGAUAGUGAUUCGAGAGAGAAGAGGAAGCAGCGCUGUCACCCAGCCGCCUUGCCUCCUUACUGCAGCCGAGUCACCCAUUCCCGUCGCUGUUCCGGCGCCGUGUAGCCAUCACCGCCAUCAUCACGAGCUGCACAUCAUCGCCAUUAGAUCCACGUCGCGUCGCCGUGGCCGGAGCUUCUGCCGCCGCCGAGGAAGCUCGCGAAGGGAGAGAAGGAACUGCGAGCUAGAGGAGCCGUUGUCGUUGCCGUUGUUGCCCCGCCGCUGCCACCGUGACCGCGGGUGGAGUCCGCCGUCGAGCUGUGUGCCGCUGAUGGUGGUGAACCAAACGUUGCCCUUGAUGCUGGAGAAGAACACCGGAGUUGCUGUUCUUGUUCCGAUUCUUCCAUUUUUGAAACUGCAUCAAGGCUUUUUCUAAGAAAUGGGUUCUGAUCUGAAAGUUGAAAUGUCCAAGGAAACUCCUAUUUUUGUUGUUAUUGGUUUAAUUAGUUUUAAUUUAGGUCUUUUGUGAAAUUGUAGCAGUAUAGCACUAAUGCUGUCCGUUCCUUUCUUCUAAUCAGUUUUUAUGUAUAACUGAAAUUGCUCUAAGUUAUUCUUAGUAAUUUAUGUGUGUCAAAAUAGGUAAAAGUUAAUGUUGCAUUCUUUUAGAAUUAAAUUGAAUAAUUAAUAUAUAGUUCAACACAAAGUUAUCAUCAUCGAAUUAUUAUAUUUUAUUGAAAUCAUAUUAAACAACAAGGACUGCUAUAUAGAAUUUGGUUGUGUUAGUGUUAAUUAUUUAAAGUACAACUAAGAGAAGAAAAAUUAAAGUCUUCAUGCAGACUUUCUUUUUCAUUUUUCUGUUGGGAUAAUUUAAUUACUUUCAUACAAUUGGGUUCUAAGUUCUUGUAUCUUGAUGGAGAUAAACUAUGUAGGGAAUGCUUUUUUCUUUUAUCUUUUUCUUUUCGUUUCUUUUAGGAUUAGUAUUUGUUAAUUGAUUAUUUUGUUUUCCUACUCUCGAAUGUUCUUUACCUUCUCUUGAAAUUUGUUUUGGCUUUGUUUUGU